AUGGCGGAUUGGCUCCAGCGCCUGGACCCCUGCGGGCUGGUCCUGCUGUGCUUUUUCCUGGGGACGCUGAGGGGGUCCGGGGCCGGGCAGAUCCGAUACUCUGUGGCGGAGGAGACAGACAAAGGCUCCUUCGUGGGAAACAUCUCCAAGGACCUGGGACUGGAGCCCCGGGAGCUGGCGGAGCGCGGCGUGCGCAUCGUCUCCAGAGGUAAAACGCAGCUUUUCGCUUUGAAUCCUGGAAGCGGCAGCCUGGUCACGGCGGGCAGGAUAGACCGCGAGGAGCUCUGUGAGAUGGUUUCCGCUUGUCUUUUAAAUAUAGAGAUCCUUGUGGAAGACACCUUGAAGAUAUACGGUGUGGAGGUGGAAAUCAUGGACAUCAAUGAUAACGCCCCCAGCUUCCGGGAAGAGGAAGUAGAGAUAAAAGUCAGUGAGCACGCAACUCCAGGAUUGCGACUUCCCCUUCCUAAUGCUAAGGAUCCAGAUGUGGGAGUGAACUCCCUCCGGAGUUACCAGCUCAGCCCUAAUAGUUACUUUUCCUUGCAUGUGCGAGGCGGAAGCGAUGGGGUCAAGAAUCCAGAGCUAGUGCUGGAGGGGGCUCUGGACCGGGAGAAAGAGGCUGCCCACUUGCUCCGCCUCACUGCCUUAGAUGGAGGAGAUCCCGUCCGCAAGGGCGCUGUUCCCAUUCGGGUGGUGGUGCUGGACGUCAAUGACCACUUCCCGAAGUUUACACAGUCCGUGUAUCGCGUGAAUGUCCCUGAGAACCUCAGCUCCGGAUCGCGGGUGCUCGUGGUGAAUGCAACUGAUCCAGACGAAGGAGUCAAUGGGGAAGUGACGUAUUCAUUCCAGAAUAUGGAAAGCAAAGCUUCCAAAAUCUUCAAGUUAGAUUCUCGAACUGGAGAAGUUCUAAUACAAGGCUCCCUGGAUUAUGAGAAAUAUAAAUUCUAUGAGAUAGAAAUUCAAGGCCAAGAUGGAGGAGGUCUGCUGACCACGGCCAAGUUGUUGAUCAGGGUUUCGGAUGUGAAUGAUAAUGCUCCGGAAAUAACCGUCACCUCUGCUACUAAUUCAUUGCUAGAGAACGCUCUGCCAGGUACAGUCGUUGCACUUCUUAAUGUGCAAGAUCAAGACUCUGAAGAAAAUGGUCAGGCUUCCUGUUCCAUUCCUAAUAAUUUGCCUUUCAAAUUAGAAAAGACUUAUGGAAAUUAUUUCAAGUUGGUAACCAACAGACCACUGGACAGGGAGCAGGUCCAGAGCUACAAUAUAACAUUGACAGCCACGGACCGGGGAAGUCCACCCUUGUCUACUGAAACUCCUAUCUUCCUCAAUGUGGCCGAUGUCAAUGAUAAUCCACCGGCUUUCCUUCACUCCGCUUACUCUGCCUACAUUCCUGAAAAUAAUCCCAGAGGUGCUUCCAUCUUCUCUGUGACAGCCCACGACCCAGACAGCAAAGAGAACGCCCAAGUCAUUUACUCUCUGGCAGAGGACACUAUCGAGGGGACGCCCCUGUCCUCCUACAUCUCGAUCAAUUCCAACACUGGAGUCCUGUACGCCCUGCAAUCCUUCGAUUAUGAGCAAUUCCGAGACCUGCGGCUGUGUGUGACAGCACGUGACAACGGGGACCCGCAGCUCAGCAGCAACGUGUCACUGAGCCUGUUUGUGCUGGACCAGAAUGACAAUGCACCCGAAAUCCUGUACCCUGCCCUUCCCACCGAUGGCUCCACUGGGGUGGAGCUGGCUCCUCGCUCUGCAGAACCUGGCUACCUGGUGACCAAGGUGGUGGCAGUGGACAGAGACUCUGGGCAAAAUGCCUGGCUGUCCUACCGCCUACUCAAGGCUAGCGAGCCUGGACUUUUCUCCGUGGGCGUGCACACGGGCGAGGUGCGCACAGCCAGAACCCUGCAGGACAGAGAUGCGCUCAAGCAGAGCCUCGUGGUGUCUGUCCAGGACCAUGGCCAGCCCCCUCUCUCCGCCACCGUGACACUCACCGUGGCCGUCGCCGACAACAUCCCAGAUGUCCUGGCUGAUCUGAACAGCCUAGAGUCUCCCACCAACCCUGAGGACUCGGGACUCACGCUGUACCUCGUGGUGGCUGUGACCGCGGUCUCCUGCGUCUUCCUCGCUUUUGUGAUCGUGCUGCUGGCGCUCAGGCUGCGACAAUGGCACAGGUCGCGCCUGCUUCGGGCUUCCGGAAGCUGCUUGACAGGCGUGCAGGGCACGCACUUUGUGGGCGUGGAUGGUGUGCGAGCCUUCCUGCAGACGUAUUCCCACGAAAUCUCCCUCACUGCAGACUCUCGGACGAGCCACCUGAUCUUCCCGCAGCCCAAUUACUCGCACACGCUCAUCAGCCAGGAGAGCUAUGGGAAAAGCGAGCCUCUCUUAAUAGCCGAAGACUCAGCUGCUGGUUUAGGCAAAAGUGAUCCCAGGAAUCAUCAGACUCUGAGCGCCGCUAUUGGCCAACACGCUGUCACAGGUGGAGCCAGAUCUACCCGGAAGGUUUUCUGCGCAGUCGCAGAAGCAAGUGGCAAACUAGGGAGCGGAUUCUUGCGCUCUCCUCGGCAAAUCUGGCUCCGGAAUGCGUGCUGGGGUGUUCUCAAGUGA